AUGGAGAACAGAAAAGACAUUGAAAGCCAAGAAGAAUUUUGGACAAUGAAGCCUUGGGGAACUCCAGAAGAUGAUCAUUUGACGCAAGACUCAGGAGACACCAGCAUGUUGAAAAGACCUAUGCAUUUACACCAGACAGCCUGUUUUGACGAAUUUGACUGCCCUUCAGAACUUCAGCACAAACAGGAGCUCUUUCCACAAUGGCGUUUGCCAAUUAAAACAGCUGCUAUCGUAUCAUCUCUGACUUUUCUUUACACUUACUUGAGAGAAAUAAUCCAUCCUUUAGUGACUACCCAUAAACAGUAUUUUUAUAGAAUUCCCAUCCUGGUCAUCAACAAAGUUUUGCCAAUGGUUUCUAUCACACUCCUAGCACUGGUUUAUUUGCCAGGUGUGAUAGCGUCAGUUGUACAGCUUCGUAAUGGAACCAAGUAUAAGAAGUUUCCGCAUUGGUUGGACAGGUGGAUGCUAACAAGAAAGCAAUUUGGACUUCUCAGUUUCUUUUUUGCAGUUCUACAUGCACUGUAUAGUCUAUCCUACCCAAUGAGACGAUCCUACAGAUACAUGUUGCUAAACUUGGCAUACAAACAGGUCCAACAAAAUAAAGAAAAUGCUUGGAUUGAACAUGAUGUUUGGAGAAUGGAAAUUUACGUGUCUGUUGGAAUCUUGGGACUUGCAAUACUGGCUCUGUUGGCUGUGACAUCUAUACCAUCAGUGAGUGAUGCUUUGACCUGGAGAGAAUUUAACUUUAUCCAGAGGAAACUAGGAAUGGCUUCCCUUCUGCUGGGCACAAUACAUGCAUUGAUUUUUGCCUGGAAUAAAUGGGUAGAUAUAAAGCAGUUCAUGUGGUAUACACCUCCAACUUUUAUGAUAGCAGUUAUUCUUCCAAUUUCUGUCCUGCUGUGUAAAGUCAUAUUGCUCCUGCCGUGCUGGAGGAAGAAGAUACAGAAGAUUCGGCAUGGAUGGGAAGAUGUCACCAAGACUAAUAAGCCUGAUAUGUCUUCAUACUUAUAG